AAGCACCCCUAACGAAUAUUAGAGCCGGUUUACAAGAAUAAGCGAUUCUCCCAUCGCCAAUCGCGUCGUAAUCAUCGCCGGAGCUGAAACAUGGCCGCCGUGGGACUUUCGAGCCUCUUCAAAACCCUUGAUCGCUUCACCUUGUCUGGGAAAUGGAGCUUCCGUGCAAUCAACUCUCUUGUUGGCGAGCACACUGCUAAAUGGAUGCAGGAUAGCAGCAGGAAGUCGCCCAUGCAGUUGAUCAACGAAGUUCCACCAAUUAAGGUUGAAGGCAGGAUCGUGGCCUGUGAGGGAGAUUCGAACCCGGCUCUUGGGCAUCCAAUUGAAUUCAUAUGCCUGGACCUAAAAGAUCCAGCUGUAUGCAAGUACUGCGGCCUACGGUUUGUUCAACAUCAUCAUCAUCACUAGGUCUUGUUACUUGUUUGAAUUGUGUAGUACCCGAGCUUCCUCCUACUUGCGUGUUCCAAAAAAGAUUAUAUUUUCAUUGUUUAUCUCCAAGCAAAUUGUCCAUCUAAUAACUAUUUGUUUCUGUUGAAGCAAUUGCAUUAGAGAUUUGUGGGUACAUGCCAUCAUGCGAA